UCUCCCCUCUUCUGCCCGAACCUUGAGCUUCUAAGCUUUCUUUUCUCACCCAAUAUGGCCAGCAGAAUCGCAGCACCUUCACUAACUCAAUUAAUCAGGGGUGAAAGGGGCAGGAUAAAAUUGUCCGAUGAAAACGCGAUGAUGAAGCAAAUUUAUGCAACCCAUACUCCUGAUGGCCGAGAGGUUGACGUUAAACCUCUUUUCCAGCUGGUAGAGGACAUUCUGAGUCGUGCUAGCCCUGCAGUUGAUCCCCUUUUUCUGACUGCCCAAACCCGUGUGGAAACAUGGGAUGAUAAGACUCAGCAGGCCAGUUUCAUCGCGAUGCUGGAAGCACUGUCAUUUACAAUUGAUCGAGUCGCCUGCGAGAUAACAUACAAGAGUAGUAGUGGAGAAGAUGCUCAUGCGACCACACUGUCCAUAUUCAACCAGUUAUCUUACUUUCCCUGGGAAGCAAAGCUGGUGAUAACCCUAGCAGCUUUUGCUUUGAGCUAUGGGGAAUUCUGGCUGCUUGCUCAGAUCUACUCGUCCAACCAACUUGCCAAAUCCGUGGCAAUUCUUAAGCAAGUGCCUGUCAUCUUGGAGCACUCGGCCUCACUGAAACCCCGAUUUGAUGCGCUAAACAAUCUCAUCAGGGCUAUGACGGAUGUGACCAAAUGCAUAAUUGAAUUCAAGGGACUACCAUCUGUGUAUAUUUCUCACGAUGCAGCACCACUAGUCACAGCAAUGGCACAUAUCCCCACUGCUGUUUACUGGACCAUCAGGGCUGUAAUAGCUUGCGCAUCUCAGAUUUCAAGCCUCUCUAGCUUGGGCCAUGAGCAUGCGCUCAUGUCCAGCACAAAUGAGACAUGGGAACUAUCCACCUUGGCUCACAAGAUCAAAAACAUACUGGACCUUCUGAACAACCAACUUGCACUUUGUUAUCAGUACAUAGAGGAGAAGAUGAAUCUUGAAACUUAUCAAAUGCUCCUGAAUCUCUUGGAGGGUGUUCAGAUUGACAACAUGAAGCUUCUCAAGGCACUGAUUUAUGCCAAGGAGGAUCUGCAGCCCCUUCUUGAUGGCUCUACAAAGAGACGGGUAAACUUAGACGUGCUGAGGAGGAAGAAUGUGCUGUUGCUCAUAUCAAGCCUAGACUUCCCUCGUGACGAGCUCUCAAUUCUUGAACAGAUUUAUAAUGAGUCCCGGGUCCAUGCAACUAGGAUGGAGUAUGAGAUUGUGUGGAUCCCAAUUGUGGACCGUUUUGCUGAGUGGACAGAUCCCCUGCAAAGCCAGUUUGAGACUCUGCAGACCACGAUGCCAUGGUACUCGGUGUACUCACCUUCACUAAUUGAAAAGCCAGUCAUCAGGUUCAUCAGGGAGGUGUGGCACUUCCGGAAUAAGCCCAUCCUUGUAGUGCUAGAUCCACAAGGGAAAGUGGUGAGCCCUAAUGCAAUCCACAUGAUGUGGAUAUGGGGGAGUACCGCCUUCCCGUUCACCAGUUUGAGAGAGGAAGCUCUGUGGAGGGAAGAGAGUUGGAAGCUUGAGCUGCUGGUGGAUGGUAUUGACCCAACCAUACUGAGCUGGAUCAAAGAAGGAAAAUACAUUUACUUGUAUGGAGGAACUGACAUGGAAUGGAUCCGAAAAUUCACAACCACCGCACGGGCAAUUGCAUCGACUGCACGGAUCCCCUUAGAGAUGGUGUACGUGGGAAAGAGCACCAAAAGAGAGCAAGUCCGGAAAUGCACAACCGCCAUUACUGCGGAAAAACUCAGCUACUGCUGGCAAGAUCUUGCCAUGGUCUGGUUCUUCUGGACCCGACUGGAAAGCAUGAUGUUCUCCAAGAUCCAGCUGGGGAGUACUGUCGAUGUCGACCCUAUGCUGCGGGAAAUCAAGAAACUGCUCAGCUACGACAAGGAAGGAGGAUGGGCUGUACUCAGCAAGGGAUCUUUUGUAUUCGUCAAUGGCCACAGCUCCAGUGUCUUGCCUACCUUCAACGAGUACGACGCAUGGAAGGAGUAUGUGCCUUCAAAGGGUUUCGAUAUGGCUUGCUCUGACUACCAUAAUAAUCUUCGUCCAGAUGCUCGCCCCUGCUGCCGCUUCGAGUUCUCCAGCACUGUUGGAAGGAUUCCAGAUACGAUGAAGUGCCCGGAGUGCCUCCGCAACAUGGAGAAAUACAUGGCUUUCCUUUGCUGCCACGAUGAGAGCACUAUCAACGCACUCAUCUGAAGUACUCAUGUCGCGUUUCUUUUUACUGGGCAUGCACGCAUGCUACUGAAAUAACUUUGCAGUGUGUUUUCUUUUUUCCUUCUGUUUCUGUUUUCCGCGUGAUGUAAUAAAAUUUGAGUUCUUAAUUAAGCUUAAUAUGAUUUCAGUUUCCAAA